AUGGCCGAAUAUAGACAUUAUGCAACACCCCAUCCCGAAUGGGUCGAUUUCCCAAACAAUCUCCCCUCAGGCACAAAACCAAUCUUGGGCAUGACCAGAGACCAUGAUCCGAUUAUUCCACAGGAAGGUCUCAAUAUUUACGAAAUAUAUGUCACUGUGCGCGAUAAUACGCCUAUUACACUGCGCAUCUACCGUCAAGCUGCUAACCACCAUACGCUUCCUCUAUUUCUCUACAUGCACGGCGGUGGGUAUGUCACAGGUGGUCUUGAAACAGACGAUGCAACAUGUCGAGUACUCGCGUUAGAGAUUCCUGUCGUUGUUGCAAGUGUUGAGUAUCGACUUGCUCCUGAGCAUAAAUUCCCCGUUGGCUUUGAAGAUACCUUCGACGUCGUCCGCUGGGCUGCAUCGUCAGAGGGCCAGAGGAAACUUAAUACAGACUUGUCCAAGGGCUUUAUUCUCGGUGGCACGUCUGCUGGCGCCAACUUCACUGCCGGAAUCUCGCACCUGGCUUGUGAUGAGGGCCUCUCUCCAAGAAUCACCGGUGUCGUGUUUCUCGCCGGGAGCUUCUGUCACCCAGACAUGAGACCGAAGAAGUAUCUGGAUCGUAUUCUGAGCGUUGAUGAGAUCAAUGAUGCACCUGGCCUCACGCGAAAGUCAAUUGACUACUUCGCAGAACUAUAUGGUGCUCCCCCAAUAGACAAGCGACUGUCCCCUCUUCUAUUCGAUUCCCAUGCUGGUAUAGCAAAGAAAGCAUACUUUGCAAUCUGCGGUUGGGAUCCGCGACGGGAUGAAGCUAUUCUUCUCGAUCAACUGCUCCAAGAAGUCGGGCUGCCAACCAAGUCACACAUCUACUCAGGGUUACCUCAUGGCUUCUGGACGACUUGCCCUGACUUGCCUGUUUCCAAGAAGUGGCUGCAGGAUCUCCUUCAGGGUGUGCACUGGUUAUUAGAGUAG